UUUUUUUUACUUCUUCCUUUUCUCGCCUCACUCACAUACACACGCAAAACAAAAUUCAAUUCAAUUCAAUUCUUUAGUUUUUCACGCUUGCAUUUGUGAGGCAGUUUUUGGAAAAUCGCUCUCACUUUUACUCAGCAAACACUCCCCCUCCCCCAACCACCAUAUAUAACCAAAAUAAUGGCGACAAAAGUGAGAGGACCCCUUGGGCAACUGGGCGCACUCGCUCGCGACUUUCUGCGCAAACCCUCUGAAACCCGACCCUUGGGAAAAUUCGCCAUUGGCGCUGCCAAAGUGUCGCAUUUCCUCGAAAGCGCAGCAACCGGCGUCCGUGCACCACUCCCCGGACCACAGCACCAGGCAGUAUCCCGGUUGAAGCGGCCGAUCUCCGCCUCCACCAUCACAACAAAAUCCAUUGGCGCAAAUAACCCCGAACCGGCCCAUCCACGGAGACCAAAUAACCUCGCGCGGUUGCUUGAGAGCGGCCACCCGAUGCUCAACACGGUUUCGCGGUAUUACUUUUCGGCCAGCGGCAAGCACAUCCGGCCGCUACUCGUUAUGCUAGUGGCACAGGCGACCAGCAUCGGGAGUAAGCGCCAGGGCCGGUCGUCGAUCCUAGUGGACAACGAGUUUGACCACAUAGAUUACUCGCUGAUCGACCGCUCGGCGUCGCAAACUAUUCAGAGCGACCAAGAGUCCCAGGCCUCCAACCGCCUGAUCCAAGACGCAACUCGCGAUGGCCACGGCGGCCGCCCGUACUCCCCGCAUGUCACUGCGGGCCUGACCAUCCUGCCUACGCACAGAAGACUGGCGGAGAUCACCGAGAUGAUCCACACUUCAUCGUUGCUCCACGACGAUGUCAUUGACCAUGCGGAGACCCGGCGCGGACUCCCGGCGAUCCAGAAAAAGUUUGGCAACAAAAUGGCCAUUUUCGCCGGCGACUUCCUCCUAGCCCGUGCCUCCAUGGCAUUGGCGCGCUUGCGCGACCCCGAAGUCACCGAAAUAAUGGCCAGCGUUCUCUGCGACUUGGUCGACGGGGAAUUCAAGCAACUGAAGAACCUCGAAGUCGAAGACGCGCCAAUGUCGCAGCCAGACGAGCCUGCCUUCGCGUACUAUUUGGAGAAAACAUAUUUGAAAACCGGCAGUUUAAUUGCCAAAAGCCUGCGCUCCUCCGCCAUACUCAGUAACUCCACCGAUGAUAUUGUUGAAGCCACGUAUAUUUACGGUCGCAAUUUGGGGAUUGCCUUCCAGCUGAUCGAUGAUUUGUUGGAUUUCACCGUUACUUGGAAAACCUGCGGGGCGGAUUUGGAGCUUGGGUUGGCCACUGCUCCGGUGCUUUAUGCGUGGCAGGAGUUUCCUGAGUUGGGCCCCUUGGUGGCUCGCAAGUUUUCGGUUGAUGGGGAUGUGGCGAAGGCUUGGGAGCUGGUGCAUAGGAGUGAAGGCAUUGAGAGAACAAGGGUGUUGGCUAGACAGUAUAUGGAGCGGGCUGCUGAGGCUUUGCGUAUCUUGCCGCCAUCUUCGGCUAGGGACGCACUGGAACGCGUUGCAAUGUCUGUGCUGACCCGAACAAAAUAGAGAUUGUUUUUAUAUUCAAAAGUUCAUUUGUGAGUAAAAACCAUACUUUUUCGCGCGCUAUUUUAUGCAUGUGCCA